AUGGCAGAGGAGAGCAGGGAAAACAUGACCAAGGAUGGGAAACCCCAUCCUGGAGAAGCCUUCGAAUGCGGCGCGGUGGAGAUAGACAGAGCGAAGGAGAAACAGCUGCUUCGGAAGCUGGAUCUCCAUAUCGUCCCGGUGGUGAUGCUGCUCUACUUGCUUUCCUUCUUGGACCGGUACCACCACCACCACCCUCUUGUCCCAUCGCUCCCCCAAACACUAACAACCAUCAUCUCUCCCAGCGUCAACAUCGGCAACGCCCGCCUCUACGGCCUCGAAGCCGACCUCUCCCUGACCGGCAACCAAUACCAAACCGCCAUCUCCCUCCUCUUCGUCACCUACAUCCUCUCCGAACUCCCCUCCAACCUCAUCCUCAAAUCCUACAUCCGCCCCUCCCGCUGGAUCGCCUUCAUCACCACGGCCUGGGGAAUCAUCGCCACCCUCACCGGCAUCACGCAAUCCUACGCCGGUCUCGUCGUCUGCAGACUCCUCUUGGGAUUGGUCGAAGGUGGCCUCUUCCCCGGGUGUGCGAUCUAUCUGACCUUCUGGUACACGAGACACGAAUUGGCGUUGCGGGUGGGAUACCUUUUCGUCUCUGCUGCUCUGGCCGGCGCGUGUGGCGGGUUGUUGGCGUAUGGGAUUGGGUUCAUGGAUGGGGUUGCCGGACAGCGGGCUUGGAGAUGGAUUCUGAUCUUGGAAGGGCUCCCGACUUUCGUCUUGGGCAUUGCGUGCUGGUGGAUCCUCGCCGAUGACCCGGAAACGGCAUAUUACCUCAACGAUGCGGACCGGGAAUUGAUCGCCGCGAGACGCGCCGCGCAGAUUGGAAUCACGGACGCUUUCGAAUGGAAAGACGUCCGGAAAGGUGCAAGAGAUUGGAAGAUCUGGAUCUUCUGCGCGGGGCAGUUCUGUGAGGAUACCAUGUUAUACGGCUACAGCACCUUCCUCCCGACCAUCAUCCAAGGCAUCCGACCGCAUUCUUCGCGGGCCAUCGUCCAAGUCCUUACGAUUCCAUGUUAUGCCCUGGGAGCGAUAAGUUACAUGGCCGCGGCGAGGUACAGUGACUGGAGACAAUCUCGAGGACCCGUGGUCACCUUCUUCUGCAUCCUAUCCGUCGUAGGAUAUGCGCUGCUGCUCUCCGAUACGAGCCCUGGAGUCCAUUUCGCGGGCUGUUUCCUCGUGGCAAUGGGCUUGUACGUCUCCGUGGGCAUCCCGCUGGCUUGGCUCCCGAGCAACAACCCGCGCUAUGGGAAACGAACGACCGCGACGGGCUUGCAGCUCACCAUUGGGAAUUGCUCGGGCAUUAUGGCUCCUUUCGUGAGAAGAUUCCCCCCUCAGGUGCGAACCCGAUAGAUACUGUUGCUGAUGAUUGAGAAUAGCUCUAUCCUUCCAGCCAAGGGCCUCGCUACGUUCGAGGACAUGCAGUUACCAUGUCCCUCGUCGGCUUGGGCGCCUUGCUCUACGCGAUCAUGUACUCAUACUUGGAAAGAGAAAACCGGGCACGUGCGAAGGGCAAGCGAGACGGAGUCAUGCAAGGCCUGACAGAAGCGGACAUUGUGGCUCUUGGGGACGAGAAUCCUCGUUUUGUCUUCGCGAGUUAA